CACUCUCUCUCUCUCUCUCUCUCUCUCUCUUAUAUUCUCUUCAUUGCUUGAACAUAAUUUAUUCAUCAUUUCUCAUUCCCUAUCUACUGAAAUUUCAGAGUACUAAUGGCCACUAUUAAGAUAUCCACCUACUUGGUCUUACUUAUCUUCACCUUCCUCCUCCCAUCAAUCUUUAUGCAAGGUCUUGAAACUCAUGUAAUAAUUCCUCAUCAACAGGAGGCAUCUCAUACAUCUCCAUCGCUGAAGGAAUUGCAUUUUCAGGGUGUCAGUGAAGAAGUUAACUGGAGGAAAAAGAAUUUAAGGAGAUUGAUGAUUGGAUCUACAGCUCCAAUCUGUACUUACAAUGAAUGCAGAGGGUGCAAGUACAAGUGUAGAGCUGAACAAAUACCAGUUGAUGCAAAUGAUCCUAUCAACAGUGCUUAUCACUACAAAUGUGUGUGCCACAGGUAAAUUAGUUGACUAGCUAGACUCUUUCUUGAGAUAUAUAUAAAGCAAGUAAAAUAUAGAAUAAAAUGAGAGGGUGCAUGAGAGCUUUCACUAGGGAAUUUGCAACCACCUAUACAAGAGA